AACAUUUAAAACUUGUCACUUUUAGGAGAAAUUCAGAUAUACAAUACAAAUAUGGCAGCAUUCUUUGAAGGAGAACAGAUUCCUAGCGUAUCAAGGCGAAGGCAUUCUGCGUUACCCGAGACAAUUGCAGAGGGUUAUGCACGUGCGUGCUCCAUGCAGGCUGAGGCCAAUUCAGUGUAUGAAUUCAAAGACCUAUUCGAAAAUUUUGAUAGUAGUCGAGCACAAAAUACGCAAAACACUUGUAUAAAUGAAGCAGAUAGGACUAGUAGUAUGAAUUGUAACGUCGUGAGUGGUAACGGUAUGGAAAUACCUUUUAGCGGGUUGUUAAACAUAGGUGCGUGCGGCGGGGAUUUAGGUCGAGACGAUAGCGUGUUCAAUAACCAGAUGGGGUCGCAACGUUCAGGGUUUGGAGAUUUCGGCACUGAUAGGAGACUAGCGAUGGCAGCGUCAAAUGAGAAUUUGAGUUCGGUCGCAACUAGAGGUGCUCGGCGCGGGACUGUUAGCGGGUGUAUUGGUUUCGAUUUUAAUCGUAGGGAGGGGUUCAAUGCUAAAGUGAAUCCAAAUAUUAACGAAACGCUGUUUCAAAAACAGAACGAUGGUUUGGGGUACAAUCGCCAAGCGCAGCUAUUUGAGAAUCAUCACGAUGCAAAUGGGUACCCACUGCGAACCUCUUUGUCUAUUAGAAGCUCUGGCGCCCAAUUCAGCGGUUUGCACCAGUUUUCUGGUCUCAAUAUGAAUAAUAACUUUGGGAUUGAAAACAGCAGCAAUGACACUAUCAGCAGUACCUUUACCAAUCACAACAAAAGAAACAACAAUCAGCAAAUUAAUAGCAUUGGCAAUAACAACAAUAUCAACAAAAACGGAAGUAGCCAAGGAAGCAGCGUCAACGGAGACUAUAUGAAUAGUAGAACGAAUAGUCAUCAUAGUAUGAAUAAUUUGAGUCCGAAUUCGAACUGGAUGAAUGGAUCAAAUAUUGUAAACUGUAAUAACACCCAAAGUAAUCACAGUGCCAAGGUUGAUCCUGAGAUGAAAUCUACUGGAGUCGGCUUAGAUAGAUUUUCACCGCCUCUAAUAGACAGUAAAUCAUUAGAGGCAGGGUUGGGUGUGACAGACGAGCAGAUGGAGAUGUAUGUGUCGGAGGCUCGAAAGAUCAAAGAGCAACAACAACAACAACAACAGCUAGACAAGAUCGCGGCAGCUAGAACAAUGUCAAGAGAAUCUCAACAACACUCGAAUCAAGGUGAUUUCGAUUGCUACAAUAGUGGGGGCUUGUUGAACGGAAUGGAUAAGCAGAUACCCGCCAAACAAGAGGUUGUUGGCGGUCCUUCAGCAGCAUACUUGAACAGGCGGCGGCAUUCUGCUGCUCCCGUGCUGUUGAGUGGGAAUCUCGUGAAUGUUCCCUCGCGCUCUAAUGGUUUAGAUCUGUACAGUGUGAACGAAAGUAGUGGCCUUAAUACAUUGCAGCAGCAAUUACUUUUCAACUCGCAGCAUCAUGAGCGGGCACAGAACUUCGAUAACUAUCAGGGUGAUGGCGUGCAAGGGACCAGCAACAGGCUCUCUUGGAACGGUGUGAACAUGGGAGGCUCAGGGCAGCAGGGAAAUAACUUCAACACGAAUCGUAAUGAGAAUCUAAGUGUUGUCGAUACGCUAGCAUGGCUGGAAGCUUCCGAGGGGUUGGAUAGCGCUUCAUCGGCUGCCGCGGACAUAUCCCGUUUGCACUUGAGCUAUGACAAUAUGAAUGGCGCUUUUGGAGGGUCGCUUAGUUAUUAUAGUGAUGGAAUGUCGAAUGCGAAUGUAAGGAGUGCAUCGCCAGCUGGGGAUUUCAUGGGACAUACUUCGGGCAACUAUAUGCCAACACAAAGACAUGGCGACGAAGGAAUGUCUCCUACAGAUAGCUUGCCCUCGGGAAUGUCAGCCAGUAGACGCAUGAGUCUCCCUUACAUCAAGUAUGCAAUCGACGUUUUACAUAUAUAG